GGACAGGGAAGGACACCCAGGGCGGUGGUCGCUACGUAUUAGCUAAGUUGACGUGGAAGAUGGGAUGUUAUACGUGUGGCCAGGAUGGCCACUUUGUGAGAGAUUGCCCUCAGCGGGCGGGCGCUGCUGCUAAUAAUAAUAACAAUAAUAGUAAUAACUAUAAUAAUGGCUACCAGAGGUAUAAUGGGUUGACGUGGCAGCAGAAGAAGGAUGUGGAAGACAUCGCAUGGAUGAGGGAACUAUGUGCUGACAUCGCGAAGCAUAAGAAAGAGAGAGAGGAGCAGGAGAAGGAGCAGGAACGUUUGAGGAUAGAAGAAGAUCGGCGAAAGAAGGAAGAGGAACAGCAUCGACAGAUUGAGAGACAGGCGGAGAUUCGGGAUGCACGAUUGAUGGCGGCGAUGACAUCACAGCAUAAGGCACAACACGACAAACUGGCGAUGCAGAUGGACGAAGUCAGAUCGAGGAUACAUACUCGAGACACGCAACGGGAAGACACCAAGAAGUUACGAGGAGAGGUGUUCAAGCUGGAGCGAGAGCUGGCGAAAGAAGACAGCCCGAAAAAGGAGGAGGAGCUACGGAGGAAGCUGGUGCAACUGCGGAAGCUGAAGGAGGAACGUGAUCUGGCCCGCGUCAGAAAGAAGACCAUGGAGGCAGAGAUAGAAUCACAGAAGAAGAAUCCGAUUAUUGACAACGAGACACUGAUCGCGGGCUGGCAAGAUAUCACGAGGAACGGCGCAGGGAACAACGUCGUGGAUUUCUGCAUGAACAUGCGAAGCUACCUCCGAACCAAAUCAAUGGCGGAACUGCAAUGUCUCUGCGGGGAGGAGAAUAUGGAAUACGUAACGAGGGAGAAGGCGAUUAAGUCACUGAUAUCAAACAAGAUGCAAGAGAAGAUUCUGCGGGGAAACGCAGGAUCUGCCGUCGGUCCGAAUCCGGAGGUCGGUGAUGUGGUGAAGGAGAAGAUCGGUGAUUUGAAGAUGAGUGAAGAGAUCACUGCUAUUGUACGAAGACACGUACGCGUUGUCUGGAUACAAAAACAGACAGUAGGCGACGUGCUUCACAACCAUCGAGAGUAUGCUCGCUCGAAUGGUAGCAUCUGCGUCUGCGCAGAUUGCCCCUUCCCGCUAGUGGAAGGACAUGUACAAUGCGGGUUAUCGGAACUGGGGGCUCCUGAUUUUCUUCUGAACGCACGGAACAUUCCUCCACAACGGACGAAGGAGGUAAGACGAGGGAUCAUGGCCGCAAUCCUAGAUGGCCUAGAGGAGAUCUUUAGAGGGGCAGGAAGAACUCUUACUGUGCACAAGAUGGAGUUCGAACUAUGUGUGGAGGAGCAGGAUGUACCACGCGAGGACAACUACCAGCUGCUGCUGGAUUGGAAGAGACGACUACGAGGAUUGAGACUUUGGAGGAGAGUUGCUUCUAUUAAGGCACGACAUGACGCCGAGAUUGCUCGAGAAAAGUUGAAGAAAGAAGGGGAGGAAAAGCUGAAGAAGGAGAAGGAUGAAGAAGAGAAACGUUUGCGCAAACAGAAGGAUAGAGAAGAGCUGCAGAAAAUGAUUGGAGAAACUCUUGAAGUUAGACUGAAGGGUACUGGAGUUAGUGAGAUUCCUAAGAAUCCCAACGGUGAGGUAGAGAAGCUUCGUGCUGAGAUUGAAGAAAUGAAGCGGGCACAAGUAGCGGCUAGAUCUGGCGGGAGUCUUGAGUCUGAUGAAGUUCAUAGGCUUCGGAUGGAGAUCGCCUUAUUGAAACGUAGGCUCUCAACUGGCAGAAAGGAUGACGGUGAUAGGCGAUCAGCAGCUGUGCGAGAAGAUGCAUGGAGAAAUGUGCAGGAAUCUUAUGAGCAAAGGAUGGCUACUUUGGAGGAACAGGUUACUAUUCUGAGACGGAUGAAAGAUGAUGCGGUAAACGAAGCGGAAGCAUGGAAGCUGGAGGCUCAACGUCCGGGUAACAAGCGAGGUGGCGUCACUAUUGGUGUCACUCCGGGGACUCGAGCAAGAGUACGGUCGAGAUGUACCCCGACUCAGACGAUUGCGCCACCGAAGAAGAUGAUGCUGGAGGAGUACCGCGACUUUGUCCAACUCCACGAGGAUGAGGUGAACCUUCUCAAAGACAUGAGAUCUAAAGAAGUCCAGAGACGUAAGGAGGCUGAAGAAGAGGCGGAACGUGUGAAAGAACAGCUCGCGAGGUUGGAGAUAGAAAGAGCCGACAAACAUAAGACGACGGCUACCUGUCUACGUGCACGAUUGGAGGCUGCGAUCGAUGAUGAUGUUGGACCUUCAUCACGUGGAAAGCGACAUGCAUCGGUCAGCAAAAAAGACACAAUGAGGAGUGACAGAACCACGAACGAAGGAAGCUUUGCUCAAGGAAAAUCGAGCCCACUUGAAACCUUUGAAGAAGGAUGCCAUUUUGGUGAUAUGUGAGAAGGAAGGAGUUGUUUACACCACUCUGGAGAAGGCCAAGGAGGAGAUUGUUCAACAGAGGUUGACCAAAGCCUUUCCGGGAGGUGACACUCAUGUUUGUUGCCCAACUCUCUACCUUUCUGGACUCAACAAGCUGUUUCUUCAGAAUCAAGCCUACCAAAAAUG